CAGCGGACUAUCAGCAUGAGCGGUUCCAAGCUCUCGGUUGCAAGCGUGCGGGGCUCCGUCAAGGAGCUUUUGGCUGAUGCCAACGGCGAGAAAAAGCGCAACUUCGUCGAGACGAUCGAGCUGCAGAUCGGUCUCAAAAACUACGACCCCCAGCGUGACAAGCGUUUCUCGGGUACCGUCAAACUCCCGAACGUCCCGCGUCCUCGCAUGUCCAUCUGCAUUCUCGCCGAUGCGGCCGACAUCGACCGUGCGAAGCAGAUUGACCUCGAGUACAUGUCCGUGGACGAUCUCAAAAAGCUUAACAAGAACAAGAAGCUUGUCAAGAAGCUCGCCAAGAAGUACGAUGCCUUCUUGGCCUCUGAGACUCUCAUCAAGCAGAUCCCUCGUCUCCUCGGGCCCGGUCUUUCCAAGGCUGGCAAGUUCCCAACCCCCGUGUCCCACGCUGAGGACCUUGCGGUCAAAUUGACUGAGGUCCGCUCCACUAUCAAGUUCCAGCUCAAGAAGGUCCUCUGCUUGGGUGUUGCUGUCGGUCACAUUCAGAUGACCGAUGACCAGGUUCUCGGCAACGUCAUGCUAAGCAUCAACUUCCUCGUCUCGCUGCUCAAGAAGAACUGGCAGAACGUCAAGUCGCUGCACAUCAAGACGACGAUGGGCAAGCCCAUUCGUCUCUUCUAAGCGCCCUGCUACGAGGAUAGGGGACGGGUCCGAGGUUGCGAGCUGUCAUGCACCACAUGAAGCCCGCACGCUUACACCAACGGUCUGCAGUGGCAGCGCCGAUUGGGAGCCGAUGCAGCUUGUAAACCUCACUCACGAUUGUUCUACGCACCGUCCGCUGCUACUACUAUACACACACGACCAUGUAUUGCUUGUAUCCUUAUGACAAUGCAGCCCAUGACACGCACCGUAUUUCUGUCUCGACGUGGGCGAGCGACUGUCGGCCCGACCCAGAGACGGGCAAUUGUCGCGACAAAUCGCAAGCGGCGGAUUAUCUUUGUGUUUUC